AUGUCAGAGGUGUACAAGGAGCGGCAGAAGUUCGGCCGCUUCUAUUAUCGCUUCCCGAACGGUGAAGCGGGGACUGAUGUCUUCGAUCGCGUGAGCGACUUCUGGUCAAGCCUCCUGCGCUCCAUGGAUGCCAACCCUGUGGAGAAUUUAGUCCUCGUGUCCCACGGCCUCCUGAUGCGAAUCUUCUGCAUGGUCUAUUUCCACUGGACCGUAGAGGAGUUCGAGCAAGUCUGGAACCCCUCCAACUGCGAAGUGUGGGCGCUGGAGAAGGGGCAGGGCAGCUACAACCUCGCUGGGCGAUGGCGCCCCUCCCCAACUGGCGGCUCCUUUCGUGAGAUCCGCUUCGGUGCCAAGAGAAACCAGCCGCUGUGGUGA